UUACAUCGGCUCAUUCGUUUUGUCGUUAGUUUUGCAACUAACAGCGAUGAAACAAUUUUCAAUUCAUUAUUUAAGUCCUUCGUAGAUUCAUCAGGUCAAAAUCACUUGUUCCUCACCAAAGGCGAUAACGAAAGAACAGAGGAACGGAGUGGACUCCUCAAUGAUAAAGGCCGCCGUUCAUAAAGAGAACCAAUCGAAGCAGAAACGAGAAGCAAGAGAAACAUUACGAAAAUUAAAUUGGUUCUGAACUCGAAACGAGUUAAAAAAGCUUUUUUGUAAAGAGGAUUAGACGCAAACAGGGAUCGCUUCGAACAAAGGACGAUCAACACGAAAUGGAUGCUCCAGACGAAAGUGUACCGCAUUCAGCCGCCCUCGGACAGGAAUUUUGGCCGGAAUUCAAACUGACCUCCCUCCCGGAACCGGAACACGUGGAUGUCAAGAUUGAACUGCUCGAACCUCAGCUUGAACUAACGGAAGCAAAAUCACACGAUGAUGAUGAUGAUGAUCGGAAAUACCAGGUCAGUUCCGAUAAAACUCGCUGUCAAUUUUGUCUGCAAUUGCUUAGCGAACUUAGCAGUGAAGGUUCGGCAAUUAUCAGUCGGGAAAAGGUCGAAUUUGUGCUGGGCUCUAACAAGUCGGUCGCCUCUUCGAAAGACUUGGAUUGUUGUCCGCGUUGCAAGCAGAUGUUCGAAAUGUUCCAUGAGUUCAAAAUGUCCUGUUUGGCGACGUUGGCUCAAUCGUGGAGUCUGCUGACUGAGAAGAAGGUUGUGAGAGAGGAAGAACCUGUGUGUGGGGCACAUGAUCGAUGCCCCAUGAAAAGAAAGCGUGGACGUCCAAGAAAAAAAUCAAGGAUCCAAAAGAAAUCGAAGUGUGUUUGUGUGACUGAGAAGAGUGUUUCGAAUGUGGUGGGAGAUGAUGAACCUGCAUCUGGGAUACCGUUCAAAAGAAAACGUGGACGGCCAAGAAAAAAUCCUGAGCUUCAGGUGAAAACGGAGGUUGGUCAACGUGAGAAACACCUGUGCAACAUUUGUGCCGCCGUGUACGGUAGUCAAUCGGCCUUGCGAUUGCACAUGACACGCCACGGAGAGCCGAAGUUCUUAUGCAACGUGUGCGGGAGAGGAUUCUACCGAGAAGAUAAGCUGAUCAAGCAUAUCGCGGUCCAUUCCGAUGCCCGUAACUUCGAGUGCAAAAUUUGUGGAAAACGCUUCAAAUCGCACGAAGCCAACCGAUUGCACCAGCGGGUUCACACCCGAGGAGCGACCGUACGUUUGCCACAUAUGUAACCAGACAUUCAGAUAUAACUGCGGUCUCAAGGCGCACCUGGAGAAGGGGCACGAAGAUCCGGGAGAUCUUAGACGUCUAAGGUAGAAUCUUUAACAUAUGGUUUGUUAAUGUGGUAUAAGCUGUCAUUUGUUGUAGCGAUCGUUUUGAAGAAGCCUUUUGUAUUUGAUUAUUUUCCUGUGUGCUUAUGUACACCUGCGUAGAUGCUUGAUGAUGGAUUUUCAUGUGGAGUAGUGUAAGGAAAGAUGUUUCUGCAUUCUAAACCAGUAUGCUUAAAUAGCAAAAAAGCAGGCAAAAUACACCAAAUACUCUACAAGACUGACAAUUCGUCGUCCUUUCAUCGUUUGCCCUUCAGUGUUCUGAUGGUAUCUGAAUCGUCCCGUAGGACUUUCCCAAUGUUGUCAGCGAUAUCGUGGAGUCGACGUUGGCCUUCGUAGAUGAGACACAUGCUCUUUGUGCGUUGGCAAAUCAGUCCAUGGUUCAACCGUGUUUUUAUCUUUCUCAGGAAAGUUGUUCUUGAUUGGUUCCACAGAUCACCCCAGCGCUGACGGAAUAAGGAUUUGAUCAAUCGUUUAAGAUCCAUGAGCGGGAUGCUGUCGGAGUGUCGUUCACGGGCGUGACCAGAUCCUGCGAGAGGAUCGGCGUUUUCAUUUCCUGGGACACCGCAGAGUUCAGAGAUCCACAUGUGAACACUGUUUCAGCUGGCGAUACCCUCGAUCCAGGGGUGUUUCGAUCGAUAUAUCAGAUUUAUGCGCCGAUACAACGCUUGUAGAAUCGACCAGAACCAAGAUUGGGCGGUCAGAUAGAGUAGUAGAAGCGAUGAAGGCUGCUGCUGCUUCGGCAGAGAAAACUGAGCACUGUGGAGAAAGACUCAUGCUGACCGGCGGGAAAUCGCUGGAUACUCCUAGUCCGACUCCAAGAUGGAAAACAGUUACAGCUGUUUUUUGCUUGAUUGUCGAUUUUCGGCGGUACUGAACGCUAACUUCUGUCUCCAAGCCAGUGGACCUUUGCAAGCGGAGGGAGAUCCAUGUUGGCUACUGUGUGUAGAGCUCUGUUUUCCUCGAUGAGAAGAGAGACCCUAUCGUCACUUGUGUUCUUGGUGGACAAGACCACACUCUUGGAUGAUAGUCAUGUGAAAAUGGAAUGCCGAGCAUAUGGUCGACCAAGACAUCAAUAGUCCUGUUCAAUGAAAUAGGUUGAACAUGGUCGGAGUUGCGGUAUCCUGCUCUUACCUAUUCGUCCACAAAUGGGGAAGAGUAGGAUGCAGCAACUUCGACCAUGUUCAAUGUACUUCAUUGAGCAGGACUAAUGAUGGCCAUGCUUUCUUCGCGGGUACCGUGAGGUCGUUAUUCACUGCUCUUGCUCCAUUCGCCGCUCGUUUCAUACGAUUUAUAUUCAAAACGUAUGGAACGAGCGGUGAAUGGAGCAUGAGCGGUGAAUGGCAACCUUACGGUACUCCUUUUCAUAAAGCUGCGAAUAAGUCGAUUUCCCGACGACGGUUUUUCGGUUUGUUUCGCUGUUGAACUACUCUGAGCAGAAGUGCUUCUUGUAGACAGUCUAGCUGCGCUGUAGUGAGUCGGACAGUGGGAACGUCUUUCAGUAUAAUCCCGACCUUCGCACUUCUGUCCAUAUCACUGUAGCUGAUUCCAGCUGUCUCCUUCCUGAGUGGCAACGUUUUCCUGAGGCGCCUCUAGUAGCUCUGAAAAGAUGUUUGAUCUCGGUGUAGCGUCCGGAAGAACAUUCUUGCAAUCCGAACCGGUGGAAUCUAUCGGCCGAACAGCAACAUCUCUUGAAUAAAAUGCAACCUACUCGCACAAAAUGCUUUACAAGACUGACACAUCAGUCUUAUUUCAUCGUUUGUCCUUUUUACGAUCAAAUUGAGGCGUUCCUGAAAAAAGUUUGACUUAGUUCAGAUUUGUUAUAAUCUUGUAGUGGAGUGGUUGUAAAACAAUAAAGAUGUUUCUUUGCUCGGAGCCAAACAAA